AUGCCCGGCGAUAGCGUCGUCAAUGUCGAUGAGGAUGCGCGCGACGCAGGGCUGCGGCCUGAGAGCGCCGUGCGUCCUUUGGAAGGUGAAGACGGGCACAACCCGGUGACCAGUACGGCCACUGCGCAUCGCAAAAGUCCGCCACACAGCGGAGAUGCAGUCGCGACGACGGACAAGAAGGGAGCCAAGAGCUGGUUCUCCAUUCCGACUCCGCUGAAACGAGUGUUUGAUCAGUUUCCUCUGAUCGUCUACGCCGAGAACGCGCUGCCAAUCAGGGCACGAAGGAAGGGCGCGUCGAACGUGUUUUACAUCUUUACCACCGAGGAAGAUGCUCGGUUUGCCAGAGCGAGUUUCAAUCCGUCUUGUUUGAAAUGGCAGACCUAUCUCAGAAUCGCUGGAAUUCCCUUCGAUACAAGGCCUUCGAACAACCACGCCAGUCCUUCCGGAGCUCUUCCAUUCCUUCUUCCAUUCCCAAGCAAAUCUGCGCGGUCAGAUGAUGUCACUCAGUCGCUCGAAGUCAUCUCCGGACAGAAGAUCAAGAGAUGGGCGAAAGAACAAUCGGCGUCUAAUGAAGUACACGAACCAAGUGACAUCCGAUAUGAAGCAUUCGCCUCACUACUUGACCACCGGAUACGCAAAGCCUGGCUUCUUCAACUUUACCUCAACCCGGCCAAUGUAUCGGUGGUGAAACGCCUUUACACCGAGCCGUGCUCCUCCAACCCGGUGGUGCAAAUGACCAUCGCUGCUCAACUACACGCAGCUGCGGAGACGGAGAUCAUCAAAGCCUCUGCAAGGUCAAGUAGUGCAAUCAAAAUCGAGGAGGGGGAUAUUAUGCGCGAUGCCGAUCAGGCAUUUGCUGCGUUGUCUGCACUACUCGGUGAUGAUCGAUGGUUCUUUUCAACGUCGAAUGCGGAAAAGGAUAAUGAUAUAUCAAUCGUUGGCCCUGGGUUGUUUGAUGCAAGUGUCUUUGCUUAUACCCACCUGGUCUUGGACUCGGACGAAACCGCUCAGACGCCGUUGAUGGACUGGAAGGAGAAUCCACUGAAGGAGCUGCUGCACAAAUACGGCAAUCUCGUGUCGCAUCGAGAUAGAGUGGUUGAAUUGUACUUUUAA